AUGGACUGCACACGGAAACCUGCCUCCGAAGAAGGCGAAGACUGUCGCAUUGGCCGGAAAGGUGAUGGGCCACCAUUUUUCUGGGAUUCUCAAGGAGGUCGGCUCUGCUCGUUCUCGCCGUGCGUGGAACAAGUGCAGCGCACGUGUGAGGCGCUGCGUGCCCGUGGCUUCGUGGACGUGGUCACGUUAGAGUGUCUCGAGCGGCCUUACGAGGUGAAGCAAGUGGUCAUGGCCGACAUCCGGGACACGUGCAGGGCGCCAUCCGGAGGACAGGCACCGAAGAAAGGAGAGCAUGCGACAGCCGAGGUACUCCAAACUACGGAGGGAGAUGCGAUGGCUGUUGUGGAGGAGCCGUCCGAAUCACCAGAUGCACCCGAAGCUGGAGCUGAAGGCGAAGCCAAAGCUACCGGCGAAACAAGAAGAGGCAAGAAGCGUCGUGGCCACCCAGAAGACCUGGCUACUGCGGCCCAGGGCUUCAGCUUCCAGGCGGCCAUACCUUCCUUGCAGAUUCCCGGCCACACGGGAUACCUGACCUUUGCGACGCUGCUGGCGUCCUAGCGAGUGUCUACACUUCAGAUUACGGAGCUGGAACAAGCAUCCACACAUCAUAAUAAAACAUAAGACACCUGCUUAAUUAUGGCUUUUUUAUUUCUUGCUGCAUUUAUU